AUGGAAGAUGAAAAUAUUCGAAAAGAUUUUACUUCAAAAUUUAGUGAUGAAAAAUAUAAAGAUUUUCUUAAUAAAUUAAAUAGUGAAAUUCCAUCUCCAAUUGAUUAUCGUAUAGCUGAAUCACCAUUAUUUCUUAAUAAAGAUGUUUCAAAUAAAUUAAUAAAAUGUGGUGAAGAAAUACUUGAUUUUCUUUUACGUCCUGAUCUUAAACAAAUAACAGAAAAAUCAAUUCCAGAUAAAUGGCGUUGUCCAAAUGAAAAUGAUCAUUCACAUUUUAUUGGAAUGGAUUUUGCAUUGAGCAAAGAUAAAGAUGGAAAUUUUUCACCGAAAUUAAUUGAAUUUCAAGGUUUUUCAGGUUUAUAUGGUAUACAAGCUCAUUUAGCUAAUGCUUAUAAAGAAAUUUAUAAUAUAUCUGAUGAAUGGAGUAUUUAUAGAAAUGGAUUAGAUGAAACAAGUUAUUUUAAUUUACUUAAACAAAUUAUUGUUGGACCAUAUGAACUUGAUGAAGUUAUAUUAAUGGAUGUACAUCCACAUGAACAACAUACAGCUGCUGAUUUUUAUUUUACAAAAAUACAUAUUAAUAUUCCAAUUGUUGGAUUAGAAGAUUUAAAACAAGAUGGAAAGAAAUUAUUUUAUGAAAUCAAUGGAGAAAAAAAAUAUAUUAAACGUAUUUAUAAUCGAUUAAUUUUUGAUGAAAUUGAUAAAGAUGAAAAUAUAUUUGAAAAGAAUGUUGAUAUAAGACAAGAUCUUGAUGUUGAAUGGAUAACACAUCCUAAUUGGUGGUAUAGAAUAAGUAAAUAUCUUUUACCACAUUUAAAAGGUGAUUAUAUAUUAAAAUCAUUUAUUUUAAAUGAUAUUAUUAAUAAUUUACCUAAUGAUCUUGAAAAUUAUGUUUUAAAACCAUUAUUUUCAUUUGGUGGUAAUAAUGUUAUUAUUGAUAUUAAACAAGAUGAUAUUCAAAAUAUAAAAGAUCCACAAAAUUGGAUAUUACAACAAAAAGCGAAAUAUGAACCAGUUAUGCAUAUAGAAGGAAAUGAUGUUAUUGCAGAAAUUCGUUUAAUGUAUUUUUGGCCAGAUAAAACUCAAAGACCAAUAUUAACUGCAAAUAAUACACGUUUAAGUACUGGAAAUAUGAUUAAUGUUGGAAGUAAUAAAAAUAAAAAAUGGGCUGGAGCAACUGUUACUUUUAUGCAAAAAUAA